AUGGGAGCCAUGUUUCCGUCGCUGCUGGUUGCAUCCUUGGCCUGCGCCGGCAGCCAGACGAUGCCGACCUCUUCACAAGGCUCUUCCUGGUGCCCGGCCUGCAAUGGGACCAAGCUCUGCUCCCGGCGGUUCCUCUUUGCGGUGUUGGAGGCGCCGGAGGGGCCGAGCCUGGCGGAUCUGGCCGGCAUGCUCCCCUCCUCGCACAUGCCAGAAGAGGAGCUUCUGCCGGGUGCCAGCGCACUGUGCGAGAGCCUUGCUACGAUGGACAGGCUGCUCUACUACGAGCCCUACACGGUGGGGAGCAACCUGACCCCCAGCGACCUGGACCGCGGCGAGGCCUGGAGCCACCCGGGGCCCGCCCAGCGCCCCCCCAUCCUGGCCAAGAUGCAAGACACGCUCUGGGACUGGCUGGAGCCGCCGGCGCCUGGAAAGGGCGAGGUGCGGGGCUUCGCAGCACGGCCGCUGGAUCUCGAGUGCCUGGUGGCCGUGUGCCCCUGCGCGCGCGUGGUGGUGAGCAAGCCUCCGGGUGGCCGGUGGAAGGGCAGCAAGCGUUGGCUCACCAACAAGUUGGAUGCUGCACAAGUGCCCUACUUCAACGUCCCCCUGAACGAAUUACUGGGCACGUUCACUGGCAUGGGUGGGCAUAGUGAGCAGGCGCCGGCUUUCUUUCAUCCUGGAACAGACCGCGCCUGGCUGGAUCCCAAACGGAGCAUUGGCAUUGUGGAGCCGUUGGUGAACCAGCUGCCGCGGCAAGAGCGCGAGACCUUCCUGGGCCUCCUGCGACUGCUCUCCCUGCCUGUCGACGACGGCUGGUUCUCGGCCGUGCUGUUGGUUCUGGUGAGGGCUCGCGUGCUGCAGUAUUUGGUGAUGACCAGCCAGAGGUGGCGGGCCUUCCUGACCACCUACCGGCGGAAGAUCCGGACCGAAGAGGACCUGUCUGCCUUCCGCGCCAACUUGGACCGGAAUCAGGUGCUUCAAAAGUGGCAAUGCCUGUCAGGUCGUGCGGUCUUUCGCCAGGGUGGCCGACUGGUCUCGCCCGCCUCAGUGGAAGACGUCCUGGAGCUAGGCGGGUUUGAGAACAGCGCGCUGAACACAGAGUUUACGCGCAACACUUCCUUCCAGCCCCACAACGGGCAGCCGGUGUACGUGUCCAGCAACGCCCAGUACGUGCUGUGCUCCACCCCGGACGACGAGGGGAAAGUCUGGAUGGUCACCUCGCUGGACAACUUCCAGCAUGAGAAGAGCGGCAGCUGGGAAGGGCUUCCCUGGCAAUCCUUGGGCGCCCUUGCCGUGUCGCCUCCGGACGCCACGCUCACAGAGGCGCCACAGACCGGCUGGCAGGAGCACACGGAUGGCAAGUGGGUGCUCCGCGAGGAGGCGGGCCUCGUCGGCUUGCGGAAGCCUUCCCUGCCACUGCAGGUGCGGAUUCUCCCGUCGACGGCCCCGCCGGUGGUGUCCUACCGGACGACCUACGUUCAGGCCACGGAGCGGCCGCUGACGCUCUGGAGCUCCUGCUUCGUAGUUGCGCAGCUGGUGGACUACGUUCUUCGGCGCAAGGCUUCCACGAAGGCGCUGACCAACAGGAUCAUCAACGUCAUGUCGCGGAUCCGGUGGCUGCUCACUUCAACCUGCGCAUGCCUCGCCCUCUUCCGACUGAUUGCCCGAUGGAAGGAGCGGCGAUCCCGGGGAAAGGCGGUGAUCUCAGACGUCCUCGGGGUGCAAUCCAGUCAGCGCGAGGCACGGCUGAGUGCUCUGACAAUCCUGAUGCAGACGCUGGUCCUCGUUGGCUGGUGGAUGUGGGUCCUGGCGAUUUGUGGGAUCCAGGUCGGGCGGCUGCUGCUCUCCACCUCAGUGGGUGCCCUCCUCCUGGGUAUCGUUGGCAGGGACGUGCUCUCGAACAUGCUCAGCUGCCUGGUCAUCUACCUGACGCAGCCCUUCGCGCAGGGCGACUGGAUCACGCUGGAGCAAGGACAGGACGGCUGGGCCGAGGAGAUCGGCCUCUUCUACACGAAGGUCAUCCAGUGGGACAAGCGCCCCCUCUACGUACCCAACUUCCGCAUCGUGCAGAUGCUGGUGCAGAACAACUCCCGCAUGACGAAUCGGCGCAUCCGCUUCGACCUCAAGUUAAGACUGGAGGACAUCCCGAAGGUGCCUGAGAUCGUCCAGGAGAUCAAGAACAUGAUCGACACGCAUCCGGAGAUCGACAGCAUCACCCACCGCCUCGUGCGCUGGCGACAGGUGGGCGACUACUAUGCCAGCAUCUGGCUCUCUUGCUACACCAAGUCCACGGAGCAAGGGAUCAAGCUGCAGCACUACAUUGCUGUGGAGCAGUCGGUGCUCGAGCGGUGUGCUGCCAUCGUCUACCGCCACGGCGCGGACUUCGCGGCCUCCACGCAGCUGUCUCUGAAAGGUGUCGGAGGCCAGGCGAAGAUCGAGGAGGGCGCUGUGGCCCGAACCAGCCGGGAGCGAGAGCUCCAAGAUACGCGCGAGGCUGUGCUGAAGGACAAGGAGGAGAAGCUCCGGGAGCGUGAGCUGGAGGUCGAGAGAACGGAGCAGGACUUCAAGAAGAGGGAGCACGAGCUCGAAGAGCGAGAGCUGAAGCUGAAGGUCACGAUGGACGUCGCGGCCGACGCGGAGCUCGACGAGGAGGAGGAAGCCCCCGAGGUCAAGCGCGAAGUGCCCGUGGAAGAGCCCGAGAUCGGGAACUGA